GACCGGUAUCAAUGACAGAGAGGAGGAGAGACACAGUAGUAGUGUUUCCGGUCGAAUGUACAGCUGUGUACGAGGAAGUGUUAUACACACAUAGCCUCGUCUCACUGUUUGAUGGUUCAAAUCUGACCUUUGACACCGGGCGCAUACUGUGUUUGUGACUCUCUGAGAAGAGGAACUGUUAUAUACAUGAUCGCGAGGCUGUGUUAAAACCCCACAUUAUUAGUAAGCGAGCGUCUCAACUCAUUUGACCAUUGUGAAACUUCAUCGGAUUGAUAAUGUAGCGGUGGUUCGUACAAAAUAUUGUUUCUUUGAACAUAUGGCACACAAGAUAAUGUGCAUGUUGUAUUGAGUGUGAGCAAUUGCGUCUUAACAAGCAUGGUGCACUGCAGAGGGAGAGGUUUCAGUCUCCUCGUGUGUGUGUUUUUCCUAUCGGUGGCAGCAGGCGUAUAUCCAACCUGGGAGGACACUGGACGUGUAGAUGAGGUGAUCACAGACAACAACACAGGGCACGUGUACACGGCGGGGGAGAAGGGGAUCCGUCAUUGGUCUGAAAAUCUCACUUUCAUCGCCGGUGUUGGUUGGGGCGAUGCUGACGACUGCGUUGGUGACGCUGGAGGUAAUGUGACAGCGAUGGCGUUACAGCCUGGCUCCCCUCGACUUCUGGCCUGCUCCACGGCCUGUGGGGGUCUCUGUGCUGUGUACAAUACGUCUAAUAUCACCCAGAGGUUGUGGAUGAACAAAGAAACUAACCACAGUUACAUCAACACCCGUUCUGUUCUGGUGUUCCUUGACAAUGUAACGUUGCUAGUAGCAUCAUCAACCUCGAACAAGCCGACGCCCGUCGUCCCCGUGUUGUCGUACCGACACUUGUCGUUCCCAGAUCAAGGCCAACCUAGUAUGAACAUCAGUGACAACACCGAGUCUGUCAUUUCAAGAAAACCAGAAAGCAACUACGCCAUACAUUUUAUAUCGGGCUUCACCAAGAACAAUUUCACAUAUUUCCUUACAACCCAGAGAGAAACGUCAAGCAUGAACGUCACAACCCGACUCAUUAGGUUUUGCACAAGUUACGAGUCUUUGUUCCCUCUCAUGGACUUUCCCCUGGAUUGUCGGACCAAGGACCUGACCUUAUACAACAUCGGACUAGACAUGGCGGAUACCGGAAGUUCAAUCACUGUGAGUUUCGGAAAAAACACAGACCAAUCCGACUUUCAGCAAGAUCCCUCUCUUGGAUCAGCGUUGUGCCAGUACACAUUUGAGGAUAUCAGAAACGAAAGUUCUAAUGUGCUGUGUAAGUUGAGUACAACUUCAAAUGUGUCGUGGGCAGAUGUCACCGGCGGGUGUUAUGUUCAGGACGGACAGUGUAAAGUGUGCCAGCGAACUCAAUGUCAAGGAACAUUCCUAAUAACGGACAACCAAAAACUAUUUAAUUAUAAAAGCUUUAAAUCGGACUUCAAUGCAGUCUACCGAAACAACACGAUUGUAAUUACCACAGUGCUUCCGAGUGAAGCAGAAACCGUCAACGUUGCUACUUCCGCUGGAGAAGUACUGCAACUUACGACCGGUGUUGAUGGGAACCUCUCGUUAAGCAGCAACAUGAGCGUCAGCGGUGACAGUUCCCUACCACGCCGUGUCGUCGUCCGAGACAGCAACGACUUCUUGCACCUCUUCACCAUCAGCAGCAACACGGUGAAGGAGGUUGACAUCUGUAAAGGCAGACGCUGCCAGGAAUGUAGACGUAUCAGUCGUUGUAGUUGGUGCAAGAAGUGUGUGUUCAGUGAGGCAUGCGGAGGAAGCACGUGUAAAGUCCAGAACUGGUAUCCAAAGAAAGGGCCUGGGGGAACAGUCAUCACGUUUGAGGGAUGUGGAUUCAAUGAGACAGACAAUCAAGUAGCAGUAGCUGGGAGAAAAUGUCAACUGAAGGGCACGAGUUUGACCAGGAGACAGUGCACACUGGGGAAGAAGCCAGGACAAGAAAAUCAAAAUGUCAAGAAAGAUGAGAUGAAGGUUCAGUUUCCUGACUGCUCACUUGGCAAUUUUACAAUCACGCCAGACCCAGUCAUUACAGAUGUAUUCCCGACAACAUCCAUACAGAGUGGAGGUCUGACAAUCACAGUCGUGGGGGAGAACUUUGACGCAAUACAACAGCCGCGGAUUAACAUGACUGUGUUUAACAGCACUCACGGUGCGAAUUGUACCAGAACUAACAAACCUACACAGGGGAAGGUGUUUUGUGUGACGCCACCGUUCGUAACGGAAAAUCGAAAUAAAACAACUGGCAACCUUUCUGUUAUAAUGGACGGAGUGAUAAAACAUUAUAACAUUACAGUCUAUCCAGAUCCAACCUUGGUAUACUCACGAACGCCUGUCGUGGUCAGUGAAGGAGAUAUGUUAAACAUACCUGCUACCUUCGAUGGCGUCAAUGAAACAGAUGUUCGAGUCGAAAUCGGCCCGAGCAAUUGUUCCAAUGUUCAUUUCAAUGGCACGCUGAUCACUUGUACGCCUGUGUUAAUGACUGAUGCCAAUACGCCCCGGAAUAUCACGGUUAAAAUAGGCAACAACCUGAGUCUGUAUGCAGGACAGAUCAUGUUUGUAACACGGAUGUCGCCUUCUUACCACAACAUUAUCAUCGGGAGCGUGGUAACAGUGGCAGUCAUCGCCAUCAUCGUUGUCGCUGUAGCCGCCGUCUGUGUCAGGGAGUACAAAUCAGCUCUGCAUUCACGUCUGCAAUCGGAGCUGACGUCAACUUCAGCAGAUGGACAGAAUUUAUACUUCCUAUUGGAAUCAAGAGGAGUUAAAGAGACGCUAUCUCCGGAACUGAGGCAACGCAUUGAACAGAACAAGGUCGUCCUGCCGUCAUCAAGGCUGAAACUGGGCGCUACGAUCGGCUCAGGUAACUUCGGCUGUGUGUACGCAGGCAUGUUGUACCCAGAGUCUGGGGAAGAAGAAGGGGCUGAGAAAGUCGCCAUCAAAACAAUGCUGGAUAACAGCCAGAACAUGGAUCUCUGUAGCUUUGUGGAGGAGGCGCUGGUUAUGAAGGAGUUUGACCACGAGAAUGUCCUCCAACUGUUGGGGAUUUCGGUGAGCGAGAGUCAACAGCCAAUGGUGGUCCUGCCCUUCAUGGCUAACGGGGAUCUCCUGUCCUUCGUUUCGGAUGACGCGAAGGAGGUUCGGGUGUACGACAUCCUGAGAUGGGGUGUCGAUAUUGCCGACGGCAUGAACUACCUGUCCACUCUCAAACUGGUGCACAGAGACCUGGCGGCCAGAAACUGCAUGCUUAAUGACAACCUACGUGUGAAAGUGGCGGACUUCGGACUGUGCAGAGACAUCUACGAGAAAGGCUACUAUUCCAGCGACAACAAGAAGAAGCUGCCGAUCCGCUGGAUGGCGCCAGAGAGCAUGGAGAGAGGAAGCUACAGCUCCAAGUCAGACGUGUGGUCUCUGGGUGUGGUUCUGUGGGAGGUGCUGACACGUGGAGCCACACCCUACCCGGGGGUGGAUGGAUGGGAUAUCACGCUCUUCCUCCAACAUGGCCGGCGUCUUCAACAACCCUGGUUCUGCAGUAAUGAGUUGUACGGCGUCAUGAUGGAGAUCUGGUCAAAAGACCCAGGGCUGCGACCCACCUUCUCUGAAGUGUCCGAAUCACUCACCACGUUACUCAAAAUGUCGUCAGACCAGGAAGUGACGUCAGAAAGCAAAGAUGACGGUUACGUCACAUUUCCUUCAUGUUCCCGUUAUGUUCAGCUUCGGGUCCCCGAAUAUUUUGUGUUAGAAACUGAAGCUUCAAGGGAAAAUCUAGAUGCAAUGCCUAUGUAGGGAAAAACCAGAAACGCUAUCAACAUUUCCUUUCUCGCGAGGAGGAGCAGAUAAAUGAACAGUGUCGCGUGAUUCAGGUGUGAGGACCCGCAAGUAUGAACUUUAUGUGAGAGAUUGCAGUUUAAACAUAUUAUAUCACUCAUGUGGUGCGUCAGCAUUGACAGAAAUCCCAGAUUUGGAGUAAAUGAUUAUUUGUGUUUGUGUCUUUAGCAUGACAUUGAUGUGUUUGUCAAAGGAUGUAAAUCGUCUGUUUUAUGGUUAACACGUGAAAUUGAUGUUUGUAUAUGGCUAUAGUAACUUGAGUACAUCUUCCCGAGUCAAGGGCGUUAACUGACUAUAAAAGUCCAGUUUCCAUCCUUGCCUAACUAGAGUGGAAUUUCCAGGCUCGAUCGGAGCGCCACCAGUGGCUGUUGCGGGUUAUGUACCUUUUAUGUCCCUCCUAGUGACCAAUACCACAUAUCCCUUGCAUUUGCUUCAAACAAAAUGGCGGCGCCCAGUCAAGACGAUCUGAUCGAUAAUCAAGAUCAUUUUUUGUAAUAAAACCGCGAAGCGCAUCAAAUCCCUUUUGCACCUUGAUUAAAAACAUGAAAAGAUUGUCAAAAUAUCUGUCGACGCCCAGUUGACGGUACACAUACUUUGGAAAUCCUGCAGUCGACCGAAAUCUACACGUUGAAAUCCAUGUUGUUUACCAACCGGAUGUCCAGUCCGUCACGCGAUUUUGAUUUGACUAUGCAUAGACUCGUUGGUCCAGCCAAAAGGUAACUCUAUAAUUCCAGCCUAGUUCGGCAAGGGCGGAAACUAGACUUUUAUAAUCAGUUAUAGCCUUGCCGUGGGAACUGGACUCUAUUUGUCAGUGAACGCCCUUAACUGAUGCUACGAUUUAAGAUGUGCCUACAAAGCCCCAGGCAGCAAGAUUUCAACCAGCUUACAACGGGCGCGGUGCAAUGUUCGGGCUAUUUUAGUUAUGAGCAAAAUAUGUUCAGUUAAUAAGUCCAGAUUAAUACAUGUCCGGAUAAACGCAUGUCCGGUUUAAAUACUUAUGAGUAAUGUCCCUUUGUGUGCAUGUGUAGUCUUUCCUAACAAGAUCUGCUCCCAACCCGGGGAUGUCCAAUCCUGCAUGCUCAAGACAUGUGUUCAUUAUCGAGAGGCCCGCCCAAUUACAAUCAGGAUGUUGAUGCCACGUCUUAUUAUUGUUCUAGAUUUUUAGAUACAAUAUCUAUCUAUCUGUGAUUUUGUAUUUAUUGAUUAAUAGUAUUAUACUUGCACAUGAAAACGCUAAUACACGUAUGCAUGCACUUUUUUCAAACAACGCUGAAUUAACUAAAGCGAUAUCAGUUUUAUCUAUGAUCUUCUAUUUUGUUCCUUAUAUACUUUUUAAGCUAUGAUAUCUAUUGUAUAUACUUUGUAUAAGGGUAAAGAUCAAAAUGAUGUACAUCAAAGUCUAUGCAUAUACUUAACAUGUAAAUAUGUACAUACAAACCUUGCUUGACUGAAUAUAUAAUAAACUCUCAAUA